AUGGCAGGGCCAACCUCCCCGGGCGCCGAGGGCCCCACGUUUGCCCCGCCGCAUCUCCCUGCUGGCUGGAUUGCCCAGUGGGAUGGUUCGAGCAAGAAGUACUACUUUGUGCAGCUUUCUACUGGCGUGUCGCAAUGGGAAACCCCGACCGAUGCCGCGCCCACGGGCGCGACGCCUGCUCAACCCUCCGACCAUCCUUACGGCGUUCCGCAGCCUGAGGUCAUCACUCAUCCCGACGGCAGCCAGACGGUACGCCAUGCCGAUGGCACCCUCGAGCCCGUCAACCCCUCUUUGCCUCCCGAUACUACAAGCACAAGGGGCAUCGACGGCCCAUCGGGUGACCGCGGACUUGGAAGCAUGGCCAUGAACGCGCUUCUCGGAGGCAAGAACUCGAACCACGGCUCCUCUUCAGGUAACCAAAGCAGCUCGAGCCCUCUCGGCGGCCUCGCCAGUCAGUUGAUGAGCGGCAUCGGCGGACACGGCAACAGCCAAGGCGGUAGCAGCAGCGGAGGCAAGAGUUCCCUGGGCAAGAUUGGCAGCUCUUUGGCUUCAAGUCUACUCUCGAGUGGAAGCAAGCCGCAACAGGGGCAACAGCAAAGCUAUCAUGGCAACCAGUCUUCGGGCCAUCAGCAGCAACAUGGAGGUCUUGCCGGAUCUCUCAUGGGAGGCGUCGCCAACAUGUUCGGUAGCGGCAAACAAAAUCAUGGUGGCAACGACUUCGGAUACUCCAACAAUGCUUCUGGGGGCGGUGGUGGUGGUGGCGGCGGCGGCGGCUACACCGGCCAGGCCCCUCCCACCUCAUACCAGCCUCCUGGUUCCUCUUCGCAUAAUCAGCACUCGUCUGCGCCAUCGGGUGGUUCUUACCACUCGCCAGCGCCGAACCAAGGCCAGAAUCAUUCCCAGCAAUCAUACCCUCCUCCGCCUAACCAGUACCCCCCUCCGCCAAAUCAGGGUCAGCCUCAUCAAAACCCAUCUUACGGCGCGCCGCCCCAACUAUCUCACACUCAAUCAUACCCCCCUCCGCCUGCCGGCGGCCCUCCAUCGUACGGCCAACAGCCCAGCUAUGGUGCCCCCUCGAGCCACCAGCACCAGCAACAACAACCGCAGUACGGUGGUUAUAACCCGGCCACAUACAGCAGCGGCGCUUCCCAAGGCCCUCAGACCGGAGGAUACCCUGGCCAAGCGUCCUACGGCAGCAAUCCGUCUCAGCAGACGCCCAGCUACGGCAACCACUACUGA